GAGGAGGGACCGGCCCCGGCUCUUUAAAUCCUUUAAAGGGCUGUUCAAAGGGACGGCGGCUGAGAGCUGCGCUUGGGGGGUCCGGCGGCCGGCUGAUGCUUGUGGUCGAAGUGUCCUGAAGUAGCUGGGCCCCCUGCUUCACCCACUUCCGAUCCUGCCCCCCCUCCCCUUCCCCACCCUGGCUCCCCUCCCUCAUGACCGCCUGGGUCAUCCUCCCUGUCAGCCUCUCAGCUUUCUCCAUCACUGGCAUAUGGAUUGUGUAUGCCAUGGCAGUGAUGAACCACCAUGUGUGUCCUGUGGAGAACUGGUCCUACAACGAGUCCUGCUCCACCGACCCCGACAUACAGGGUGGUCCCAAGAGCUGCUGCACGCUGGAGGACAUCCCCCUGAUCAGUAAAUGUGGCACAUACCCCCCUGAGAGCUGCCUCUUCAGCCUCAUAGGCAACGUGGGCGCUUUCAUGGUGGCCUUGGUCUGCCUUCUCCGCUAUGGCCAGCUGCUGGAGCAGAGUCACCGCUCCUGGGUUAACACCAUGGCUCUCAUCACGGGCUGCUUCAACGCCGCCGGCCUGGUGGUAGUUGGCAACUUCCAGGUGGAUCACGCCAAGUCUCUGCACUACAUCGGGGCGGGAGUCGCCUUCCCCGCGGGCCUCCUCUUCGUCUGCCUCCACUGCGCUCUCUCCUACCACGGUGCUGCCGCUCCCCUGGACUUCGCCAUGGCCCACUUCCGUGCUGUGCUCGCCGUGAUUGCCUUCGUGGCCCUGGUUCUCAGUGGCAUCUUCUUCAUCCACGAGAGCUCGCAGCUCCAGCACGUGGCCGCCCUGUCCGAAUGGGUCUUUGUCAUCGACAUCCUCGUUUUCUACGGCACUUUCAGCUACGAGUUCGGGGCGGUGUCCACAGACACCCUGGUGGCCGCCUUCCAGCCGGCCCCCAGCAGAGCCUGCAAGUCUCCAGGGAGCAGCAGCACCUCCACUCACCUCAACUGCACACCAGAGAGUAUUGCCAUGAUCUAAGCGCGGAGGGAGGUCAGUGGGGGACAGCUGAGGCCCCCCACUGGCCCCAGACCUCCAGCUUCCUUGAGUUUCUUUUGUACCAAAAAGAUUUUUUUUAAGAAAAAAGUAUUACUGAUGGGGUGCAUCCUCCCUUUGGAGGACCCCCCCCCAUCCUCUCCUCAACUUGACACCUGUGCCAUGAAGAGCAGCGACCCCUGCUGGCUGCCUGGGGGCCAACACUAAGUCUGCUCAAUCCCAGCAUUCUUAUUUUCAGUGUUUUUUUUUUUUUCGUUUUUUUUUUUUAAACACUCCCUAUCCUCAUCUAUUCACCAAUCCAGCCCUUAAGGUGCCUUCUGCUCCCCACUGGUUCUGAGACCAGGCCACUGGAGUCUUUCUGCAGGAAUUCUGGGGGCUGGGACAGCAAAGGGUAUAGGAAGGAGGCAGCUAGUGGAGCCCCCGCCCCCAGCUUCCAUCUGCUCCGACUUCCUUCCCUUUGCUCCUCCCUGCUUCCCUUAGGGCAAAUAACCCAGCAGAAUCACACGGAUAUUUUAGUACUUUUUUAUAUCGAUUAAAAAUCUAACUCUUGA